GGUUGCCUCGCUGACAUGCCCUGACGUUAUUUACCACACCUGGCUGGAGGUAGAUUCCUACCUGUUUGGUUGGUUGUUGCUCUUAGCGCAGUCGGGUUUCGGGAAGAGAGUGGAGCGACUUGGUGUCUGACAUCAGAGAACUUCUGCGGGUGUGAGUCUACAAACGACUUCCUCUCUCCUCUGUGAUCCCAGACUCCCACCAGACUGGGUGCAGGUGACGUUUGAACAAACAGAGUAGGACAGGGACGCGCGUGUCCUCCUCACACCCUCUUCCUUGUGCCAUGUCAAGGGGUGGCACCUGGCCAGGCAUUGUUGCCGUGGAACCCUUGAGCAAGAUGGACAGCGCGGGGAGCUGCGACAGCGCGAUCAGCAUAAACUCUGGCUUUAGUGACGACAGCAUGGAGUACCUUUCUCCGGAGGAACGAGCGUGUCUGAUGUUUCUAGAGGAAACUAUUGAAGCCCUGGAGGUGCAGGUCAGCGGCUUGUCCAACGACCAGCUAGAUUCUGCACCAAAGGAGGAGCAGAUGACAGUAAAUGACGUUUCCAGUUUGGUGCCAGCAUCCAGAAAUCGUGGAAAGUCCCCACCUCUCACCCACAUAUCUGCAGAUCCUGCUCCUACAUUAACAGCUCAGAGUAAAACUGAUCUUCAUGCUCUGAAUCAAAACUCUGAACCAAAAUCCACUCCAGCUUCAGCAGCCAACAUGACAGACACUGAAACGGGGGAGGCUCAAACUAGCCCUCCUUUUCCUGAUUCAGCUGCUGGUGCAGCUGCUGUCAUAAACCCCACUGAUGUGGCGAGUUUAACCCUGAAUGGAGAUCAUGAUCCCAAGAUGGUCACAAGCCCAGGAGGGUCCUCGGAGAUGGAUCUGAGCAUUAUCCCUCCCCCCUCGGAUUUUAUGGAUGAAAUGGACUCGACUUUACAGCCUGAGCAGACACAUUCCAUCCCCCCACCUGUAGAUGUCUUAACAAAACCAGAAGUGGAUGUUGAAAAUGAACUGUUACAAUGGACAGACUCUAUAAAGAUAACCUCACUGAGCUCGUCUGUGACCGAGGAUCCUCCGAGCAGUCCUCCACCAGAUCCUUUUUCUUCUGAGCUGUCUGAGCCCAAAAGUCCACCCAUUGUGGCCCCAAAGCCAAAAAGACUUCCUGCUAACAUUUUUGUGAAGUCACAGAAGACAGCAGCAGUUGGCUCUGGUGGGAGCUCACGGCAUGCCGUGUCCACCAGCAGCGACCGGAUCUUGAUGGACCAUCAGAAGAUCCGAAUGGAGGCACUCCAAAAGCUUGGACUGCUUGGAAGCCAGGAGGAACCAAUGGGCCUUGCAAAAAGUUCUAAACUACAAUCUAAAACCAGACAGUCGUGGGCAGGACCCUCUCCUCUAAUCAGCACACCAACUCCUCUUUCACCACCCAUGACUCCAUCAUACAGCCAUGUUAGCAUCCCUCCUCCUGCCUCUAACCCCCUCCAGUCUCCUCCUACUGUCCUAACACCAGGUCCUUCCACCCUGGACCCUGACAUCCUCCCUGCACCUGCAGCUUUCAGUGAUGACAUCAAUCCCCUGACUUCAAGUCACCAUCUACCUGCUGUUGAAGGUGUUCUAGAUGGUGCUGUGGAUGCUCCUCCUCUCACAUCGCCUCUCACUCCUCCUGAGCUAGUCAAGCAGCUUACCCCACCAAAGGUCAUGGACAUGACAUCAGCUACCUUGGAGUGCUUUGGAGUGGGUCAAAGCAGUUACACCGCCAGCCAAAAGUCCCCUGGGGCUGAUCAGAGUGCCAAUGAGGAGCAGGACCCCAAGCAGCUGCGCAGCAGUCGACCACGGCUUGCCUCCUUGGAGAGCGGGAAAGAGUUUUCACAUGCUAAAGGAGAGGAUACCAGUGGCAAACAGCCAGACUCUCACAGGCCUUCAGAUGCCCACAGUGCUUCUCAGCACUCCAGGGAGCCUGCCAAGCUGCCUCGAUCACAAGGGAUUAGUGUACUGAUCUGUCCUCAAGCAGAAAACGAGGAGGACCGACGCGUGGCCUUAAAGAAGCUGGGACUGCUCAGGAACUGAGACGUUCAUGUGACCUCUAUGCACUAGAAAGGGACACAACAGAGAUUUCUACAGGUUGCUGAAGACUUAAAGCAUCACAUGGCAGGAACUGUCAUGGACACACAUCCGUAUUUGUGUUUUAUUAUGUCUAAAACUGGAAGUGAAUGCCUUAUUUAAACUUCAAACACUCACUUCAUCUGUGAUAAAUUAAAUCCACUUACUUUAAGUCACCGAUGACUCAUGUUGUCAUUUCAGCUAUGACACUUUUCCAUUUGACCAGCUUUUAUUCUGUUUCAAGGACUUGAUAACUUCUCUCCCUUCUGGUGCUGUUAGGUCUCGCCACACAUGCUGAAGGAACGGUUUUCUGUAUUUAUUAUAAACUUCUCAGCUUAAAUGUACAAAUGUAUAUGUUUCUUUGAUGACACAGCUUUCUGUAAGUUGAAAAAAGUCACAAGCUGAUUAAAAUCUGAAACACUG